AUGAAACAGUCACUCGUUUAUCAUGUGGCCUUGCUGGCUUGGGCGUCACUCGCUGUGUCGUCGCCCAUCUCGCGCCGUGACGUGUUCGGCCACAAUGACUUUAGCUGUCAGAGCCUGAACCACCCGAACCCGGUGAUCCUGCUACAUGGCCUGGGGGCCAACGAGUAUGAGGACCUCAACGUGCUCGAGGCGUAUCUCCAGACGCAAGAAUUUUGCACGUUCGGCAUUACGUACGGCGCCUAUGACGCGUUCCCGUUCUUUGGCGGUCUUAAGGCCAUCGCCGAUUCGGCUCAGGAGAUCGCUCAGUUCAUCCUUCAGGUGCGCUCCGAGACUGGCGCCGACAAGGUUGACCUAGUCGGCCAUUCUGAAGGCGGUUUUCAGGCGCUGUACGUGCCAAAAUUCGAACCGGGCGUUGCCGGGAUCGUGGACAAGAUCGUCUCUAUCGCUCCACCCACCCAUGGCACCACCUUUGCCAAUCUUGCUGACCUGGCAUACCUGGGCGGCAAUGCCAGCCGUGACGCUGUCGGUGAGAUUCUUCAGACCUUUGGCUGCCCUGCCUGUGACGACCUCUUAGUUGGCGGCGAUGCCGUCGCCCGCCUCGAUGAUGGGCCCAUCGCACAACCCGGCAAUAACGUGCUUGUUCUCGCCUCAAAGUCUGACGAGCUUGUUACCCCGACCUCCACCUCCUUUAUCCACGAGGACGGUGUCACCAACGUCUGGACCCAGGAUAAAUGCCCACUGGAGAUUCUCGGCCACAUCGGCCUGGCUUACGACCUCGAUGUCUGGUGGACCGUCCAGAACUGGCUCGACCCAGCUUUCCAAGUCCCCGCCCUCUGUGUCCCUGGUCUGCCGUUCUAG